GACUUCGUGGCUAACGUUACUGGUACUGGAACGGCAGCUGGCGAACACAGCAGAGCCUCGCGUCCGUGUUUCCGUUACGGUUUGAAUCGGUUUGAAAGUGGGUGCUGCAGGAGGCAGUUCAAUUUGUGAGGCAGUGCGAGUGCGGUCGAUCCUUUUGUCGCGUUGCAAGCGAGCGAAACUCACUUAACAGGGACUUUGCAGUUGUGCCGCCCCCAGGACGACAUCCACGAUGCAGGCGGUGCUCCAAUCUGCGCACAGCAGCAGGCGGCUAAUGCUGUUGCUCUCCAUGCUGCUCAAUGCCGCCAUUCAGCCACACUCCAUUAUUGUGAGUGCCACUGAUGAUGUCGCCAAUGUGUCGCCCUGCGAAAUGGAGUCCCUUAUAAAUCAACUGAUGAACCCCAGUCCCGAGUACCAGCUUCACGCCUCUGCAUUGCGCAAUCAACUGAAGAACUUACUUCGGGAAAGACAGCUGGCCGUGGGCGAGGAACAGCCUUUGGGUGACUACACCGAUUAUCUGGAGGAGGACAAGCGCUCGGUGGCUGCUCUGGCUGCCCAAGGCCUCCUAAACGCCCCGAAGAGAAGCUUGGCCACCCUGGCUAAAAACGGACAACUGCCCACGGCGGAGCCUGGCGAGGAUUACGCCGACGCGGACUCCGGAGAGCCGAGUGAGCAGAAGCGCUACAUCGGCUCACUGGCCAGGGCCGGCGGAUUGAUGACCUAUGGCAAGCGCAACGUGGGCACCCUGGCCCGCGACUUCCAGCUGCCCAUUCCCAACGGCAAGCGAAACAUCGCCACUAUGGCCCGUCUGCAGAGUGCUCCCUCCACCCACCGAGAUCCGAAACGCAAUGUGGCCGCCGUCGCACGGUACAACUCGCAGCAGGGACACCUCCAGCGCGCUGGUGCCGAGAAACGCAACCUGGGAGCCCUGAAGUCCUCGCCGGUCCACGGAGUGCAGCAGAAGCGCGAGGACGAGGAGAUGCUGCUGCCCGCGGCCGCCCCCGACUACGCCGAUCCCAUGCAGAGCUACUGGUGGUACCCCAGCUACGCCGGUUACGCCGACCUCGACUGGAACGACUACCGCCGGGCCGAGAAGCGAUUCCUAGACACAUCCAAGGAUCCCGAGUUGUUCGGCAUCGAGCAUGGCAACGAUGCCACUGCUGCAGCACCCGCAGACGAGGCGGAGGCGGAUAUGGAGUCCGAUGCGGAUGCGGAUGCGAAUGGGGAGGAGUUGCCAUCGCCGCAGAAGCGUCACAUAGGCGCCGUUUACCGCUCCGGAUUCCUGCCCAGCUACCGCUACCUGCGCAGCCCCGGGGGCGGAGCUGGUUUUGGCGGGGCCGGGGGGCGUUUCAGUCGCUCGGGACGUGACGCCAGGCAAUUUGCCGGGUACUUCCCCCAACACGAGCGACUGCGUCAACCCACCGCAGCCGUUUGUAAGCAGUGUUUCAUUCCUAACCAACCGAUGAUCAACUGGAGCAGUGCCGGCGUACGCGGUCGUCUGUCCAAGUACUACGUGGAUCCCGAGCCCUCCUCAGCGCGCCUGCCCAGCCUGUCCAGCAACUCGCUGCCAUCGGGACGUCCUCCGCGUCCGCUCCUGCGCUCAGGGGCUCCAGUCUAUCCGCCCUUCCACUCCUGGGGCACUCCGCCGCGUAUCACAGCACUGCAUCGACGAGAAUUUCGACGCAACUCGGAAAAUUACGAAUACUAAAUAUCGACAAUAUACUCUUUAUGCAAAUAACGCGAUACAGAUUUCCUAGUAUACUCGUAUACAGUAGUCGGAAUAUUUAACUAUACAGUGAAUGUAUUUAGUGUAACUCCCCAAAUCACCAAAUCUAUUGGUAAUGUCACACACAACACCUGCGAACUCUGCGACUACUAAGGCUGGCGGGUAAAACCGAGAGCUGUAGUCGGGGGUGCUCCAAAUUGUAGGAUCUGUAUUGCUAUUGCUAUAACUCUCAAUUUAUAAAUAUCUUUAUGAAACUGAAGUAACUGAUAUCAGUGCAAAGCGAAAACACGAUAAAUAUCAAAGCAAGUCAUAUCGUCUUUAUAAUUUAAAAGGAAUUCUUGAAGGAAGUUUUAAAUUAGUGCUAGUGUUGUACCUUGCAAGAACUAGAGCUCGCUCAAGUAACUUUAUCCUAUAUUGCUAACAUACUGAUACCAGUUCAGAUUGUUUUCCCUGACGUCUUUUAUGUGUAAAUGACAAUAACUGUUUCCACUAGUCAAAAACUAAGAAUUGCCACCAACGAUCACUGAUACAUGAAAGCGUUAACAAACUGCGUCAAAGACAAUAAAACUUGAUGAGAACUAAAGAAAAUAUCGAUUUAUAUAUACAUAAAUAUAUUAUACUUAAAUGUAUUCCAGACAAUAAAGAAUAUUGACAAUAAAAUAUUGCGGGGUAUUAAGUACUUCCUUACGAGUCAUUUGGAUUGAAUUUAACUUUUUCAAAUCAUUGGUAAAAUACUUUGAAAAAAGGAAUAAAGCAAGAUAUCUAAGUCUCUGUGUGUAAUAAAAAGUCUGAUGUUGUCAAUAACUAAUUUAAACUAUUAUGAAUUCUCAAACCAAAGUAUCUAAAAAGUGAAAGGUUAAUCAAUUCAAUUAUUACCAAGUAUUUACUUCGAUUAUAUACGAGUACGAACGAAACCAAUCCAAGCUCCGGCUUGUGGUGAAGCUCUAAGCAUAAAAUUGAGCUGACAACUUGUGGCCACUAACUGGCGAUGAAAAGUGUCUGUAUACAAAUUCAAUAUAUCAUAUUAAAUUAAUGGAAAUAU